CUGACUAACCUGAGUCUUGUUUUCAGCUGACAUUUCAAACUUGUUAAUUUCUUUUGAUAUUUUUUGGAAGGUUUUAAGUGGAGGGACAAGCAUUCAACAUGCAGUCCUGCGCCAGGUGUGGGUUUGUGGUCUACCCAGCUGAGAAGAUCAACUGCAUUGACCAGAACUGGCACAAAGCAUGUUUUCACUGUGAUGUAUGUAAGAUGGUGCUCACUGCUAAUAACUUUGUGAGCCACAAGAAGAGACCAUACUGCUCCGUACACAAUCCAAGAAACAACACAUUCACCAGUGUCUACGAGACCCCCGUCAACAUCAACGCAAAGAAGCAAAGCAAGGCAAGCAGCGAGCUGAAGUAUCGUGAAGAUGGCGAACGCUUUAUGUCCACCUUCCACCAAGACAUGAGGUCCAUGGAGCUGGAGAGGGCUCGCCUGGCCAAUCAGAUGGCCAGCCAGGCCUUUCAGUCCCAGUCUGAGUAUUCACAGCAGCAGACAUGGAGCUCAAGCACAAUGACCAACCAGAAGGUGGUCACAAUGUCUCAGAACCAGGAGACCAUCAGUGACGUGAAGUUCUCAGGGGAGUUUGAGUCAACAGGAAAAGGCAGCUUUCCUGCCAUGAUCACACCAGGUUACCAGGCUGCUAAAAAUGCGAACACUCUGGCCAGUAAUCUUGAGUAUAAAAAAGGACACGAGGAGAGAGUUUCGAAGUACACCACCUUUGUUGAUCCUCCAGAGGUGCUUCUGGCCAAGAAACAGGGGCAAAUUGUCAGUGAUUAUGCCUACACAGAAGAGUAUGAGCAGCAGAGAGGUAAAGGGAGUUUCCCUGCACAUAUUACACCCGGGUACAUGAUGUCAAAGAAGGCCAGUGAGCAGGCUAGUGCUAUUAAGUAUCGUCAGAUGUAUGAACAGGAGAUGAAGGGCAAAGCCAGCACAGAGGCAGCCAUGGCUGAGGCCACUCAUGCCAGAGAAAAUGCAGGAAAUUUCAGUCAGAUUGCUUACACAGAGGAGUAUGAGCAACAACGAGGCAAAGGAAGCUUCCCUGCCAUGAUCACUCCUGGGUAUUAUCUUGCAAAGAAAGCUCAGGAAAACGCAAGUGAUCUCAAAUACAGGAAGGACUCAAGCAAGAUGAAGGGCACCUCUCACUUCCAUAGUCUGACAUCCGAGGACAAUCUGGCUUUAAAGAACGCCCGAAAGAUCAACAAGCUUGUCAGUGAGGUGGAGUACAAGAAGGACUUGGAGAACACCAAAGGUCACAGCAUCAAUUUCUGUGAGACGCCACAGUUUCAAAAUGCUGCUAAAGUUGCUCAGUUCACAAGUGAUAACAAGUACAGGGAGAAGUAUAGUAACAUGAAAGGCCACUAUGAAGACUCAGGAAUCGAUAAGAAGACCAUGCACGCCAUGAAGGCCAGAAAACUGGCUAGUGAUAUUUCCUAUAAACAAGGUGUCGAAAUGGAACAGGGUGAAUAUAACUAUCCAGCCACCCAAACACCCGGCUACAAAAGCCAGAGAAAACUGGAUCCUCUUAAAGAUAAGAACUACAGGCAACACAUUGACCAGGUCAAAUACAGUCCAGUGACAGACACUCCUGAGAUCAUUUUAGCCAAGAAGAACGCUAACCUUGUCAGCAAUCUCAAUUACAAAGCAGACUAUGAGAAGACCAAACAUCAGUACACCCUUUCCCAGGACCUGCCCCAGAUCCAAAAGGCCAAAGCCAAUGCUGCUUUGUGCAGUGAUAUCAAAUACAAAGAGGAGUGGGAGAAAACCAAGUCUAAAGCCUGCGACAUUGGUGUAGACAACCUGAGUGUCAGAGCAGCGAAGGCUUCCCGUGACCUUGCCAGUGAUAUUAAAUACAAAGAAACCUACAUGAAGGACAAAGAAAAGGCAGUGGGGAUCAACAUGAGCGACUCAAAGACUCUGCACUCACUACAAGUGGCCAAGAUGAACAGUAACAUUGAGUACAAGAAGGGCUCCAAGGAGAACCAGAGCCAGUUCAGUCUCCCUCAUGAUAUGAUCAACCUGAACCAUGCCAAAAAGGCUCAGGCCCUCGCAAGUGACCUGGAGUAUCGCACAAAACUGCACGACUACACCGUCAUGCCUGAUGACAUCAAAGUCCAACAGGCCAAGAAGGCUUAUGCCCUGCAGAGUGAGAACCAAUAUCGCUCAGAUCUGAACUGGAUGAAAGGAGUGGGCUGGGACAGUGACGGCUGUAUGAACAUCACCCAAGCCAAGAAAGCUGGAGAUCUGCUUAGUGAUACUAAAUAUCGUCAGAAGGCAGACAGCAUCAAGUUCACUCAUGUGGCAGACGAUCUCUCCAUCAAACACGCCAAGAAGAGCCAGGAGCUGCAGAGUGAUCUGGCAUACAAAGCUGACACAGAGCAGAUAAUUCACCAGUACACCAUGACAAAAGAUGAACCCCUGUUCAGACAAGCAAAGGCUAACGCUGACCUUCUCAGUGGGAAAGUGUACAAGAGCAACGCAGAGAAGCAGAGGGAAAAGGGCUUUGAGCUGAGCUUGGACUCUCUCUCUAUUCUCACCGCGAAAGCCAAAAGAGAUCUGGCUAGUGAUGUCAAAUACAGGGAGAACUAUGAGAGAAACAAAGGGAAAGUGAUUGGCAUUAAGUCAGUCAGUGAUGACUCUCAGAUGGCUCACUCGGCUCUGGCGACCAAACUACAGAGUGGCCGCAACUACAAGAAGGACUACGAGGACACUAAGACCAAGUACAGUGUUCACCUGGACAUGCUGAACAUCAGCCAUGCCAAGAAAGCUCAGGACCUGGCAACUGAGACCAAUUACAGGACCAUCCUGCAUGACUACACUACUAUACCAACUGACAUGAAGGUGACCUGGGCUAAGAAGGCAUAUGACCUGCAGAGUGAUAAACAAUACAGGUCAGAUCUGAACUGGAUGAAGGGUGUCGGCUGGGAGGCUUCAAAAUCUCUGGAUGUCCAGCAGGCGAAGAAAGCUGGGGAGCUUGUUAGCGAGAAAAAGUAUCGCCAGGAUGUGAGUGCCCUGAGGUUUACCAGCGUUGAAAACACACCGGAGAUGAUUCAGGCCAAACUCAGCAACAAACUGGCCAUCGAUAGGUUGUACAGGGAGAAAGGUGAAAACAUGAAGCACAACUACACACUCAACGAGGAGCUUCCCGAGAUAGUUCAGGCUAAGAUCAAUGCCAUGAACCUCAGCGAUAGCUGUUACAAGGAAUCAUGGACUAAGGUUCGUGACGGCGGUUACAAGCUGCGUCUGGAUGCCAUUCCUUUCCAGUCUGCCAAGGCAUCUGCAGAUAUCCUGAGUGAUCAAAAGUACAAAGAACAGUUUGAGAAGAGCAAAGGAAAGAUGAUCGGUCUGAAAGGAUUACAGGAUGACAUCAACAUUGCUCACUCCGUUCAUGCCACUAAGCUGCAGAGUGAUAUUAAGUACAAGAAGGACUCAGCACAGCAGCUCUCUAAGUUCAACCUCUCCAUGGACAUGCUGGAGGUGUCUCACGCUAAAAAGGCUCAGUCUCUGGUCAGCGAUCAGGACUACAGGCUCACCCUGCACCAGUACACCACACUGCCUGAUGACAUGAAGGUGCAGGCGGCAAAGAGAGCAUACGCUCUGCAGAGCGAGAAAGUGUACCGCUCUGAUUUGAAUUACCUGCGAGGUGCAGCCUGGAUCGGCACCGGAGCUCUGCAGAUCGAAGGCUCCAAGAGGGCUACAGACCUUAUCAGCGAUAAAAAGUACCGUCAGCAGCCGUACAACUUCAAGCACACCUCUGUGGCUGACUCUCCAGAUAUCAUCCACGCGAAACUCAGCGGGCAGAUCACAAAUGAACGCUUGUACAAAGAGAAAGGUGUGAGUGACCAGCAUAACUACACUAUCACAUCUGAGAGGCCAGAGAUUACACAAGCAAAGAUCAAUGCAGCCAACUUCAGUGAGAUAAGGUACAGAGAGUCCUGGAAUACUCUGCGGGCACAAGGCUACAAGCUCUCCAUGCAGGACAUCCCCUUCCAAGCUGCUAAGACCUCCACAGGCAUCGCCAGUGAUUACAACUACAAACACACCCACGUGCUGGAAAAAGGAAAGCACAUUGGCGCAAAAAGCGUCAUGGACGAUCCGCUUCUCCUGCACUGCCUGCAGGCGGGCCGGCUGGCUAGCGACCAAGAAUAUCGAAAGGAUGCUCUGACAACCAGCGGGCAGUACCACCUCACCCAUGACAUGAUGCACCUGGUGACUGCCAAGAACGCCCAGGCCCUCGCCAGUGAGCAGGACUACAGGAAGAAGCUACACGAAUACACGGUGCUGCCUGAUGACAUGAAGGUCAAGUGGGCCAAAACUGCGUACAACCUGCAGAGCGAGAAACUUUACAAGUCAGACCUGAACUACAUGAAGGGUGUGGCCUGGGACGGUGUGGGUGCUCCUCAGCUGGAGUCAGCAAAGAAGGCUGGGGAACUUAUCAGUGAUAAGAAGUAUCGUCAGCUACCAGACAGCCUGAGGUUCACCUCAGUGGCUGAUUCUCCUGACAUUGUCCAUGCCAAGACAAGCUAUCAGCAGUGCAGUGAGAGGCUGUACAAAUCUGGGAGGAAUGACGACAUGCAUAAAUACACCUUACACCCAGAUGAUCCCGACUUUGUCAGAGCCAAGGUUAACGCCCAGCAGAUCAGUGAUAAAGUUUACAAGUCUUCUGGAGAGCAAGUUAAGACAUCGGGCUUUGACUUGAGGCUGGAUGCUAUUCCCUUCCAAACCGCUAAGGCCUCCAGAGAAAUUGCCAGUGACUUCCGUUACAAAGAGUCUCAUCUGAAGGAGAAGGGUCAGCAGGUGGGGUUGCGUUGUGUGGAGGACGACCCCAAAAUGGUGCACUCUCUGGCAGCCAGCAAACUCCAGAGCAACCUGGAGUACAAACGCCAGUCUAAAGAGGAUCAGGGCCACUUCAAAAUGCAUGCAGACCAGCCAGAGUUCCUGCUCGCCAAGAAGAGUCAAGCUCAGGCCAGUGACCUCACCUACCGCCAGAAACUCCACGACUACACCUGUGACUCAGAACAGCUCAAUAUGAAGCACGCCAAGCAGGCCUACAAGCUGCAGAGUGAUGUGAACUAUAAGUCAGAUCUGAACUGGAUGAAAGGAGCGGGCUGGACCCCUCCAGGCUCCCACAAGGCCGAGCUCGCCCGCCGGGCUGCAGAGCUUGGAUUUGCUGAGGGAGUCACCACAGACGAGGCUAUUGCAAAUUAUCAGCACAUGAUGAUGCUGCAUCAUCAGCAGCAGAUGGAGCAGCAACAGCAAAACCAGCAGACUUCAGAGCAGGUGGAGACAAGCGAGGAGGUUCAUACUGGCGUCAACAUGGACGCCAUGGAGGUUCUUCAUGUCAAGAGGAAGAAGACCUCUCAGACCAUCCAGAAAAAGGCCACUACCACUACCACAACCUCAACCUCGUUCAAAUCUAUGGAGAAGAAGUCCAGCACCUCCUCGUCUUCGUCAUCAGCUGCCGUCCAGAACACAGUGAAGGCAUCUAUGUCGAGUACAGCAGCUGCGAUAAAGGAUGCAUAGAU